AUGGGGUACCUCAUGAAAGCCGUGUGCAGGGUCUCAGGACUUGCCAAGAUCACGUCGAAGGCCGUUUACGGCGACGUCUUCGCAGAUGCAAGCAAUCUUAUAGAUGCUGCCCAGGAAGAACAUAUUUUAACCUCGAGCCUGAGUUGGCGUUGA